UGUUUGCAGCUAUGAUGGAAUCAGGUCCCACUACAGUGCAGACUUAGUGUAGAUCUUGGUUAGGGGGUGAGAUCAUCACGCGCGCACCAGCCACCAGCCACAGCCAUCAUCCCUCAGUUAGCGACAAGCUGCUUCUACUGUACCAACUGCGUUGUAACGACCUAGCCUACCUCCGUAAAUCGCUUGGAAAUCACUUUUGUCAUUUCACUGGCACCAACAAAUCGACAACAGUGUCUUUCAGAUAUGGCAUUCCUUUGAAUUCGGAUCAACUUCUCCAUUCGACUACCAUAGUCGCUUCACCUGGGCAGCUGCCGGUGCACUGCGUGCUUUUUUAUUUAAAAGUUUUGCAAUUCGCGCAAAACGACGCCGGAGAUCACUCCGCCGCCAACAAUCGGGGAGCUUGGCGGCCCCGCCGCCUCCGCGCCUGCUAUCACGUAGAGCAGCGGUUCUUCGAGAAUGGCUGCGUCGGAGAGUCAUCAUGACUUCCAGACAAGAGCUGCCGAGGCCCUUUACAGGCCGCCAACAGCCCGGAGUCAGGAUACACCUACAAGCCCUCAGACCAUCCAAUCUCCCCACUCACUGCAAAACCAUUACAAUGAAAAGCAUCCACAUCUCCACACACCUUCAGAUUCAGGACCGAAAUCGGGUAUAAGGACGUCCUCGGUGUCAUCCUUUGGAAACACGCUUGACUCUUCCAGCGUGAACACCGUUACUGAAAACGAGGAGAAGCAGCGCCAUGUCCGCACCUUACCGACAUGGGUGCAGUCGUUCGAAGAGGAUGCUGACGACAAUCCUGGCCCCAAUGUGCAUCUCCUCUCCCAACCGCCGAGUGCCCAGGUCGCCCAUCACCAUUACCUACCGAGCACUUCGCACAAACCUGCCCCAGGGCGACUGUACGAUGCCCAACGUGAACGCACUCCGGUGACCAUGAACUCACCGGAUCGAGAGGACGCAUCAAGAUGGCAGACAUUUGUCAAAGUAUCCGCGUAUCCGCCUUCGCCUGCUGAAGGGUGUCAACAUGUGGACGCAGACUGGUUAAGAGAGAAUCUCCCGGAUUUGGAGCAGCCGUGGCUUGCGAGUGCUCAGAAUGGGCAGGAUGCGCAAGCGGAGGGAGUUCUAGGUCGAAAGCCGGUCCGACGAAAAUGGUGGAAACGACCUCAGCAAGUACUUCUCCGAAACCCAAUGGUACCUCUAAUAAUCCGUUUGUUUGUGUGGUGCUUUUCACUUUUUGCCCUUGGACUUGGAGCAAACAUUUAUCAUUUGUCGAGAGUAUACGAUUGCGCGCAACGACCUUCCACUUACAUGGCCAUCAUUGUCGAUGCCGUCGCAUUAAUAUACAUAUUAUAUAUCACCUACGAUGAGUACAGAGGGAAGCCCUUGGGGCUUCGAUCACCUGGCGGCAAGAUGCGGCUCAUCUUUCUCGACCUGUUCUUUAUCGUCUUUGACUCCGCCAAUAUCAGUUUGGCGUUUGAAGCAUUGACCGAUUCUCGCUGGGCCUGUCAGGUCAGCAACAAUAUCGAUCAAAGCGGGUCUCGAUGUGGGGGCCAACUUGUCAUUGUCGAUCUUUGUCAUCGUCAGAAAGCUUUGAGCAGCGUUUUACUCAUUGCGUUGAUCGCUUGGUUGUUGACCUUUAGCGUUAGUGUCUUGAGGUUGGUCGAACGUGUUACUCAGAGCUGAGAAGGACUGUCCUGGGUCCCUGGUUUGUGAAUUUUGUUUUAUACCUCUUUCCCCCCCCCCCCCCUUUCUUCUCUAUAGCUUACACAUGCGGCGUCUUUGGCAUAUGAUAAAGGCGCAUAAGUUACGAGGUAUUCGAAACCGUUAUGCAUGCGCAACUAUUUUAUAGGUAGACUUUUGUCAUGAUUUGUCAUUUUUUCCCUUCUCCCCAACCUUGUCAGAUAGUAGAUUCCUUUACCCACGAUUUGUC